AGAGGAUCCAUGGUCUGGCAGACUUCACGGCUUCAAUCCCCAUGACCGCCUCGUAUCUACCUAUACUUCUCUCCUGCUACUACUUCCCUCUUCCUCCCUCCUCAUCCCGCAUGAUAUCUUUCUGUUGAGCCUUCAUUCGUUGCCGAGUGACCUGUUGUUACCCUCGCUUGCACACUUGAAAACACACAAAACCGCAGUCUCUACUUCUCCAACUACAUUGGAUUUGUGCGGCCCUUCCGAGCAUGGAAAGAUAGACGUCAACAUUUCUCCCUCGUCCCACCUCCCACCGUCCUUGUUGCCGUCCCCGACCACCACUGCGCACUUCCUCAAAAUGCGAGGCUCCCAUCUCCUCCCUAAACAACUUCGCUCCCUGGGCAAGACCGAUAGCUGGCUUAAUCGCACUGUCACUUCCAACCUCCUUGCUAUCUCCAACCUUGCCUGUCAACACCCAAUCCACACCGUUGUCGCAAUCGCGUUGUUCGCCAGUACCUCUUAUGUCGGUCUGCUGCAAGAGAGCUUGUUUGACAGUGGCAUCAAAUCUUUGCAGCACAAUGGAAGAGUAGACGUGGAAGCAUUGUUACAAGGAAGCAGAACAUUGGAAUUAUCUGAGAGAACGGCUUGGAAAUGGCAAUUCCCCGACGAUUCCAGCAUCCCCCUUGCGCCUUUGGGCUCAAACCAUUACGCUUUGACAACCUUCGUGUUCCCGGAUUCUUCGUCGUCUCAGCUGGCUCCCGAAGCCAAUGCUGUUCCGGUACCGGCGAAUGUCACGGCUAACAGCAUCCCGACCACUUCAAACUUGCUCUCACCUAUAUCGCACGACACUUCCUUGGCCUUUUACACCUCCUUCUUAGAGCUUCCUGAUUUCCUGCGGGCUGUCCAGGAGCUUCCUGCCCAACAUGAAUCAGACGACCAAAGGCGCCCAUCUUGGACCAUGAAAGCUGUCCGCCUGAAUGGAAAUGGUCCUCGUGGUGCCUAUCGAACUUGGCUGAGUGAAGGAUGGUCCUCAUUUGUCGAUCUGCUCAAACAUGCCGAAACAUUGGAUAUCAUCAUCAUGUCGCUUGGUUAUCUGUCCAUGCACCUCACCUUUAUUUCGCUUUUCCUCUCCAUGAAACGUUUGGGCUCGAAUGCGUGGUUAGCAGUAUCGGUCCUGUUUUCCAGCCUUUUCGCGUUCCUAUUCGGAUUGGUGACGACAACCAAGCUUGGAGUGCCAAUCAACAUGGUCCUAUUGUCGGAAGGUCUGCCUUUUCUGGUGGUCACGAUCGGGUUUGAAAAGUCUAUCAUCCUCACAAAGGCUGUCUUGUCUGCGUCUUAUGACAAGAACCGGCGAGGCCUGGAAAAUGGGUCGGCGAAUGGCAGUGCCAGCGGCCCAGCGGCCGCCCCUGCCGCCCCGAACUCCAUUCAAGAUGCCAUUCAGAUCGCUGUUAAGGAAACAGGUUUCGAGAUCGUCCGGGACUAUGCCAUCGAAAUUGCAAUCCUCAUUUUGGGUGCGGCUUCGGGCAUUCAGGGCGGGCUCAGACAGUUCUGCUUCUUGGCUGCCUGGAUCCUGGUUUUUGACUGCCUUCUGCUUUUUACUUUCUAUACGACAAUCCUCUGCAUCAAACUGGAGAUCAAUCGUAUCAAACGACACGUUGCCCUUCGCAAAGCGCUUGAGGAAGACGGAAUAAACCAACGUGUUGCUGAAGACGUUGCGACGAACAAUGACUGGCCCAGUGGGCAGCCAAAUCAAGCUGGUGCCUUCAACAUUUUCGGGCAGAAGAUCAAGGCCAGCAGUGUGCCCAAGUUUAAGAUCUGGAUGGUUACGGGCUUCGUCAUCAUCAACGUGAUCAACCUGUGCACAAUACCUUUCCGGACCGCCCGAAGCAUUAAAGCGCCUGGGGCUGCUAUUCCAAGUGUUCUGACACCAGCCCCUAUCGACCCUUUCAAAGUGGCGGAAAACGGCUUGGACGCCAUAUACGUGGCUGCGAAGAGUCAGAAGCUCGAUACCUAUGUCACCGUUCUCCCACCCAUCAAAUAUGAGCUAGACUACCCUUCUAUGGACCACUCCGAAUCGCCAGAUGAUCUUGGUUUCUUUGAUUCUGAGUACACGGAUCAGUUCCUCAACGUGGUCGGCGGAAGGGUGAUUGAGGGCCUCCUGAGCAGUCUCGAAGAUCCCGUACUAAGCAAAUGGGUCUUGAUCGCGCUCACUCUGAGUUUGAUUCUGAAUGGCUAUCUGUUCAAUGCUGCCCGUUGGAGUCUCAAAGAACCGCAAUCUGCGACAAGUUCACCUGCUGCGUCCAAACCGCCGCAAUUGGAGCUGCCCACGACGCCCAGGCCUCGAAAAGUCAGCCUGGAUAUCUCCCGGAACUCGGGAAGGUCGCGAGUGGAGUGUGAGCAGAUGCUUAAGGACAAAAAAGCCGCCUUCCUCACGGAUGAGGAGUUGAUUGACUUGUCUCUGAGAGGCAAGAUUCCAGGCUAUGCCAUCGAGAAGACGCUGGAAAACCCCGAGGUUAUGACCAGAGGGGAAGCAUUCGUUCGGGCAGUUAAGGUCCGCAGAGCAGUUGUGUCAAGGACACCGGCGACAAAGAAUUUUGCGUCUGCGCUGGAGGCCUCCAAGACUCCGUACCGGGACUACAACUACGAGCUCGUCCAUGGGGCAUGCUGUGAAAAUGUCAUCGGAUACUUGCCUCUCCCUCUGGGAGUUGCCGGUCCAUUGGUCAUUGAUGGAGAGAGCUACUUUUUGCCAAUGGCCACUACCGAAGGUGUGCUCGUGGCAAGCACCAGUCGCGGGUGUAAAGCCAUCAAUGCUGGUGGCGGCGCCGUCACCGUCGUCACUGGCGAUGGCAUGACUCGAGGUCCGUGUGUUGGCUUCCCAACCCUGACUAGAGCUGGUGAAGCCAAAGUGUGGCUUGACUCAGACGAAGGCCAGCGAAGAAUGCGCGAGGCAUUUAAUUCUACUAGCCGAUUUGCUCGGUUACAGUCGAUGAAGACGGCUUUGGCGGGAACGUAUCUCUACAUCAGAUUUAAGACGACCACUGGUGACGCAAUGGGCAUGAACAUGAUAUCAAAGGGGGUUGAAAAGGCCCUUUCAGUCAUGGCCACGGAGUGCGGGUUUGACGACAUGGCGACGAUAUCCGUGUCUGGGAAUUUCUGCACCGACAAGAAACCCGCAGCGGUGAACUGGAUUGACGGAAGAGGUAAAGCUGUGGUUGCAGAGGCCAUCAUCCCAGGAGAUGUGGUCCGCAGUGUUCUUAAGAGCGAUGUGGAUGCGCUUGUGGAGCUCAACGUGUCCAAAAAUCUCAUCGGCAGUGCAAUGGCGGGCAGUAUCGGCGGCUUCAAUGCCCAUGCUUCGAACAUUGUGACUGCCAUGUUCCUGGCCACUGGUCAAGACCCAGCUCAAAAUGUGGAGAGUUCCAACUGCAUCACCAUUAUGAAGAACAACAACGGAAAUCUCCAAAUCAGCGUGUCGAUGCCUUCGAUUGAGGUGGGCACCAUUGGUGGAGGAACCAUUCUCGAAGCACAGUCUUCGAUGCUUGAAAUGCUUGGAGUACGAGGAGCUCAUCCGACCAACCCAGGCGACAAUGCCCGAAAACUAGCCAGAAUCAUUGCUGCUGGGGUUCUCGCUGGAGAGCUCAGUCUCUGCAGCGCCCUCGCGGCAGGCCACUUGGUCAGGGCACACAUGGCACAUAAUCGCAGCACGGCACCCACACGGGCAACGACGCCAGUGUCGGCUGCAGUUGAGCCUUUUCUCCGAGCUCAAAACGGACCGAGCAUACCUUCUUCGCUCAAAAUGACGAAUGGAAGAUGAGCCUCGUUGGGUUGAGACGGUGUACAAAUGAACCAUACUGUAUAUAUUGGUGAUUCUACCUAUGGGAGUUGUGAGGUGAUGGUUCUGGCCUGCCGUUGACGGGAGACCAGAUGUUCAUAAUGAUCAACGACAACGGGAGAGGCAUAAUGGCCGCAUACCGGGACUACGGGGACCAGAGAGAAGAACCGGGUUGCAGUGAGAGCCUUGUACAACAUAUGGAGUACACAAAAUAGAGCAGGCAAGAGCAAUCGUCAUUGUUAAUUCCGUGGUAAUCGAACUCAAAGAACUUUGAAAAGUGCGGCCCCCAUCCAUCAACG